CUUUAAAACUCAGCAUUAGCAAAACGUUUGCUUUCCUUUAAAGCAAUAACCAUGAAUAAACGUUUCGUUAGCCUUUUGAUGAUGGCCUGUUGGCUUAGUGUGGCCUACAGUGAACCCAGCUAUGAGGAUUCAGCCUCUCCAGUCAACAGUCCCAAUGGCGGACAUCAAGCCAACUCAUUGUUUAAUACAAAUGCUGAUAGCAAUAUGGAUGGCGAUGGUGUGGAUGGAAUGGUAAUUGGUGGUGGUUUGGGAAGUAAAGACAACUAUGACAAGAGAGUGGAACGUUAUGCCUUUGGUUUGGGCAGGAGAGCCUAUACUUAUACAAAUGGCGGUAAUGGCAUUAAGCGAUUGCCUGUGUAUAAUUUCGGUUUGGGUAAACGGGCCAGACCUUAUUCCUUUGGCUUGGGUAAACGCUCAGACUAUGAGGACUCGGAUGCUCAAAUUGCUGAAGAUAUAGAUCGGGCUUACAAUGCUGCUUUUAUGAUGGAUGAAAAACGCAACCGCCCCUAUAGUUUCGGUUUGGGUAAACGCGAUCCCUUGAAUGAAGAACGUCGGGCAAAUCGUUAUGGCUUUGGCUUAGGACGUCGUUAAAUUAUUAUGUAAAACUGCAAUCCACCUAACCAUUCUCUGUUAAACAACCUUAAUCAAUUGUAUAUUUUUUUUGACAUUUCAUUCUUUUAAAACUAAUCAAAGUGAAAAACAUUUUCAAUCUUUCCCAAACUAAAUUUCGAAAUUGUGUGUGUGUUGAUUCAAAAAAAAAAACAUUUCCUAAACAAAUUCAAUAUCCAGCCAAAAUUCCUUCAAUUAGUUUUAAUAGAAUCGAAAUGUUUUAAAAGAAAACUUUAAUAUAAAAAUUUGGAAAAUGAAAAAAUAUUUAAAUAAAAAUUGUUUUAUUUGAAGGGAUAGUAUUAUUUAUUGAAUGAUUGUGUAAUAAUGCUAAAAAAAACAAAGUAUAAAUAUAAAAAAAUUAAUUUAGUUUUAAAUCAUAUUUAUUAUUAAAAGCAAAUGUAUUUAUUUAAUUUAUGUGUAGUUUUUAGUAUGAGUGCCAUUUCCAAAUAAAGAAAACUUGAAAAAUUAAAAAAAAAA